CUAUGACGACGACACGACACGCGGAAAGAUGAACGGUGCCAAGGGCGAAGACGAUGAGGCGCAAGUCGUCUCCUCGAACCACCAACCAGAACGCGCACCAGCAACCACACCACCACCGCAGCAGCAGCAGCAGCAGCAGCAGCAGCAGCAGAAGAGGAAAGGCAAGAGGAAUAUGAAGACGGCGACCAAGGAGCAAGGCGUGCUCGAGAUUGACAGCGAUCGCGGUGGUGAACAUGGAGUUGCAGUGUCAUCGUCGCCGGCGGCCGAGAUUGUGAAGCGGCUGGAAACAGAGGGGCGUGAUGCUCGCAAUCUGGCCACGUGGUCGCUGCCAAAUGAUGCUGCGCUCGCAUACAGCCACAGCCACGGCAGCAACGAGGAAGCAGGGACAGCGCAUUCUGAGGACGCCUCGCUUGGUUCGCGUCGCCCUUCGUCACGUGAGCGCACCUCCACCCCAAAGCGGAACAAGAAGAAGCGCGGCAACAUUCGGCUCGUGUCGACCCACGGCGACGUUGCCGCCGCUGUUGUCGCCGGUGACGCGGGCGUGUCAGCCCAGCGCGACACAGCCACCCCCGCCGCCGACUCGGAGAACAGCGACGCCGAGUUGCAAGAGCGCGUGGCAGCGAAGCGACAGGCCUUUUCCCGCUCCAACAAGUCCGUGUCGCGCACCUCCAUCGCCACGGUCGAUUCCGACGACCAAAGCGUCACAUCCUUGACCGCUUCAACCACCACAAGCAAGGGCGGGUUGAAGGCGCGGUACUGGCGGUAUUUGUUUGACAACCUCAACCGCGCGGUGGACGAGCUGUAUCUCACGUGCGAAAUGGACGAGAGCCAGAUUGAGUGCGAAGAAGUCAUCAUGAUCCUUACAAACGCAAAGCGCGACUUUGAGGCUCUGAUCCGGAGGUUCCGGGUGCAGGCCUCCUUCGAGGACGCCCCGCCAGGCCUCGCCCCAGCCGUCGCAUGGGAAAUCAGAAAGGUGACGCAGCCCACGCCCGUCGUCCCGCUUCCCCUUGACGGCUCUCGGUCGAUGAACGAUUCCCAGGACCGCACCCUCAUGGAAGAGAGCCUGGCGCAGCUGCGAACACCGCCACGCCGCGCCAACGGGCGAUUCGAUGCGUUUUUAGUGGCUGGAGCCGACGCGACGCAGUCGUAUUUGAAUAUGGCGGCAGCGUCAACCACAGCCAACAGCACAGGUGCACAGUACAACAACAAUGACAACACUAACAACAAUGACAACAACCACGACAACAAAGACAACCACGACAACAACGACGACUCGACACACACCCUCGCCACCGCUGCCGAUGAAAGCCCCUCCCGCCUCAACAAGUCAGUGACGUCGCUGGACGACUCGUCGUACCUGUACGAGCUCGAGUCACGGGAGCCCGGCAGCGGAGCCAUGCUACACCAUCGCCUCAGCUCGCCCUCGCGCAAGAAGAGCGUCGACACCAUCGAGAAGGAGCUGCGGGAGCGACAGCGGCGUGCGCAGAUGAAUCGGCGACAGCACCAGCAGCGGCUGACACGCAGGCUGCAGCAGCAGCACGACAAGGUGGUGAAGGUCCGUGGCCGUCGGGAGGAGCGGGAGGAGCAGCGGAAACAGGACAUUGAGGAGCGUUUGUCGCGCGCAGAACGACUGCGGCAGUCGUACCUGGACGAGGUGCGGCGGCGCAACAGGGAGGAGGACAUCAAGACGCGCGAGGUUGCGUUUAUCCAGCGGCUGGAGGAGGACAGCAAGCGGCGGGCGGUGCUUGCACGCAUCGAGCACGAGGAAGCACGAUUGCAGCGGCGCAUUCUUGAGCGCCGGCAGAAGAUGGAGGAGAACGCACGGCGGCAGGCGGCGGUGCAGCAGCGCCGGGAAGAGAUGGACAGCAUGCGACGGGCGCGACUCAAGGAGAGGGAUCGGGCGUGGAAGCAGCGCGUGGAGAGCAUUGAACGCGACAAGCACCGGCGCUCGCUCAGCAGGUCAAUGAGCAGGUCAGCCAGCCGCACCCGUGGCAGUACGGGUGGCGGUGGUGGUGGUUUGGACGGCAGCCGUAGUGGCCGGAGAACUAUGGCAGCAAUUGGCGACGAUGAUGAUGAUGGUGGUGAUGAUGAUGAUGAUGGUGGUGAUGAUGAUGUGGACAUGAUGGAGGAGGAGGAGGAGGAGGUGAUCGAACACCGCCGUCACCACCGUCACCACGACGACGAAGACAAGGAUGGUGGUGACCACAUGAGACGGCGCCACCCGAAUCACCUGUCGACCAUCAGUACCAACAACAGCAGCGGCAAGAAGAGUAACAAGAAGGGCAACAAGAAGAACGGGAGCAACAGGACCAACGCGACCGCUGCCACCACUACGGUCCUGUCCUCAUCUGCGCCAUCGCUGCGGGUUCGGCCAAAAUCGGCCUCAUAUGCCGCCCGCGCUGCCACCACCCGCACACACGCACACGGCGCACCAUCGUCGUCAUCGACAGCGGCAGCAGCAGCCAGAGCACCAGCAGCGGCUGGGGAUGGUGCUGGUGAAGUGGUGCGGCGGCAGCAGCGACCACGCACAUCCGCCGGUAUCGUGCGCACGACAACCAAGCAGCAGCAGCAGCAGCAGCAGGAGGAGGAGGAGGAGGGCCGAUACGGGGAUGGCAGUCGUGGUGGUGCUGUGGAGGCGGAGUACGCGGGAUGUGUGAAGAAGAACAGCAACGGGACCAGCGCCAGCAAGCGGAGGACGAAAAACAAACAGCAGCAGAAGCGAAAGCACAAGACAAAGAAGCAGCAGCAGCAUCAGAACCACCAUGGAACAUCUGAGGUGAUGGUGGUGCGUGGUGACGACAGUGUGGUGAGCGAGGUGCUGGCGCUGGGUCAUGACAGCAGCGGCAUCAGUGACAGCGGUCGAGACAAAGACAAGCGCGCUUGGGAUGAGGGUGGUGAUGGUGGUGGUGGUGCCAACGACGAUGGUGAUGGUGAUGCUGGGGGAGGGUGGCAGCAGCCGUCGCGCAGGCGCCGGUGUCGGGUGCGGUAUGUGACGGACAGCGACGUCAUUGCCGACUCACAGCUCGAUGAUGACGAUGACGAUGGUCAUGGUGACGAUGGUCAUGGGGAUGGUGAUGGUGAUGGUGAUGCGGAUGAGAGUGCACAGCAUGCUGGCCAGGACUCCACCGACAGCAAACACCACCAGCAGCAACAGCAGCAGCGACAGCGGGAAAACCAAGCGGGCGAUGGUGGCGACGAUGACAAGCAAGCGGACAAGCGGGGCCCGCAGCACCACAAGCACGGGAGCAAGAAGAAGAAGCAAAAGCAGAAGCAGAAGCAGCAACAGAAGCAGCAACAGAAGCAGCAGCGUGAUGUCGACAGCAGCAGGGCUGAGAACACAACCCCAGCCAAGCAGCAAUCGCCUCACGACGUGGCAGAAGCAAGCAGACAAGCCCUGAUGGAGCGUCAUCGAGAUGCCAUCAAGCAGCGGCUGGCCCUCCACCCGUCCCCAUCAUCGCCAUCAUCGCCAUCAUCGCGGUCGUCUUGCCCACGUGCUGCGGGCGGUGGUUGCAGAGGCGACGAGCGACAAGAAGGAGGUGGGCAUGCUCUAAUUUCCCGUCUUGCUACUGUGGUUGCGAGCGUGGAGCACGCGGUGCAGCAGCUGCACCUGCUGGCGCACGAGGGAGCGGGCCCAACAGCGGCGUCACAACCGCAGGACGUGGCUGCACUCGUGCACAUGUGCACCACCGCCCUCGCUGUUGGUGUCGCCCACCAGGAAGACGUCACAAUCACCGCCCUCAGCACCAUCGCGUCCAUGUGCGCCGACACGUGGGCACAUUGCCUGCAGGCAACCGCGUCCCCCUCAUCCGCGUCGACUGCGUCAGCACCAUCCUCGUCCACAGCACCAGGGCAGCCGGUGCUGAAGAACGAGGUGCGUCCAGCGCACACAGCAGCGCCAUCCACGUCGGACGAACAGCGGGCGGCGGAGUGCGCUCUCGCAGUGUGCAACAGCAGCAGCAGCGAUGGUGGUGUUGGUGGCGUCGUUGCGUUGGCGGACACGCUGGUGGCUGCCUUGGCACGGCGAAGGGUUCGGGGAGAGGGACAACAAGCAGAUGCCAACAACACGGGCAAGAAGAAGAAGCAGAACAAUGGUGACAAAACCAAGCAGCAGCAGCACCAACAGCAUCAACAGCAUCAUCAUCAGCAGCAGCGGAAGGGUGGCAAGCGGCGGCACAUGUACAAGAAAGGAGGCCACAACAAACAACAACAACAGCAGCAGCAGCAGCAGCAGGAAGGAGGGCCGCGUCCACUGCGGGCGGAAGCGGUGACGCGUGAUGGUGAUCCAGACCUCGUCAUCAUCUCAGCGUGCUCGUCUCUCCUCUCCUCCAUCAUCGAGGGCCUGGCAUGUGCAGUGCACACCGCUCAACCCCAACAUGGCAAUCGUGGCGAUGACGAUGGGACACGCGAGCGUGUGGGUGCGGUGUCAGCGCCACGGCGGCCGCCACCUGCGUGCUUGUUGGCCAACCUGUGCUCGCUGCUGCUGAGCUGCGAUCUGAUGCGCGCGAGCGCAGGAUGGGUGUCGCGCCUCCGCCAUCCCAUCUCCACCGAUGUGCUGCUGGCCCUGUCCGCCCUCACCCGCCUCACAGCAGCACUCCUCAGGCACUCCACCGAGCCAUCCACUGCUGCCAGUGGCAAUGGCAGUGGUGACGGCGACGGUGUGGGUGUGGAUGAGAUGUCUGCGUGUCGACUGUAUGUUGAGUCGGGCUGUGCCGGCCACUUUGCGCUCCUUGCCGUGUGCACUCCGCCCCUCACAUCUCCGCGCAAACACAGCACACGACAGCCGCCGCCACCGCCACAGCACCAGGCGCCAUCCCAAGCCCUCUUCCUGCUGCUAGCGCGCCAUGUGCUGGGCGGACUCAAUGCACUGGCCAGAAGCAAUGGCGAUGUAUUUCUGGCUGUUACGGCGGAGGUUGAUGCCUGGGCCGCCCUCGUGCACACGCUCGCUCACGUACUCAGGGAGAGCCAAUCAACAACGCACCACGACGAUGUGGUGGUUGAGGCGCUUGAUUGCAUUGCGCAGUUGUGUUUCUUGUCGCCGUCCAACCAGGACCGCAUGGUUGGACUCGGCGCCACCGCCAUGCUGCCCCUCAUCUGCAGCCUCCCCAUCCGCUUCUUCACCGCGCACAACCACGCAACCAAUGCCAUGUUCCGAGCGCUGGUUGCGGUGUGCGUGGACAACGAGGCGGCGACGCGUGCGCUAACGUUUGAGAUGGCGCCAGACCUCUUGGUCGAGCACUUCAUGCAACACGGCGACCACAGCGACAAUGACGUUGGCGACGCUCGGUAUCGUCUCACGUCGGAGCAGCGCGACCGCGCACUCGCCCACUUCUCGCAGUGGACGACGUAG